AGUUCCACGUGAGCAUCCAUCCGGCGAGCAACCGACUCUAGUGGCAAGCAAGGAUAUCUGCCAGACAACUCAAGGAUCUAGAAUAACUCUGCACCUGUGAUAACUGCUCAUUCAGCAGCAGGCUGGGCAGCGCAAGAAAGUCCAGUGUCCAGCACCGAAAUCAGUGGUGCAAAUAGCCAGAGAAUGGUCUACGAUAUGAGCCAUAUGGCGGCGGGUCCGCCGCAAAGCAUUUCGCUUAGUCGCUACUAUCUGGUCGACGAUGAUGAGAUGAUUGGGCCAAAUAAUCCGCAUCUGGUCAACGAGGACUAUGCGGCCAGUACGACGCUGGAUAUCGAUAAGCGUUUUCAGGCGCGAAUGGCGUGCGAAACGGCCGCACAACCGGCACCGCCACCGCCGCCCACGCCGGCGCCACGUCGCCGGACCACGCCCAUUGCCCAUUUGGAUCCAUCGGAAUUGGUGGGUCUAUCGCGGGAGGAGCGGCGUCGUCGCAGGCGAGCGACACUCAAAUACCGAACGGCACAUGCGACGCGGGAGCGUAUACGGGUGGAGGCAUUCAAUGUUUCCUUUGCCGAGCUGCGCAAGCUGUUGCCCACAUUGCCGCCGGACAAGAAGCUUUCCAAGAUCGAGAUCCUCAAGCUGGCCAUCUGCUACAUUGCCUAUUUGAAUCAUGUGCUGGAGACGCCCUGAGAUAGCGCCGGCGCCUCCAGUUUCGCCACCAGCUGCCUCUUUAACGAGGCCAAUUUUUUCGCCCCCCCGUAGGAGGUGGGGGGGCGUGGCGGGCGGAUUUAGGGGGAAAACAUUGCGAAUAUUCCACAUCCGAUAAACGCAUUUCACCAUGCUCUGUAAUCCGCACAUCGCUCCAUUGGAUACUUUGCCGGUGGCGGCUAUGGAUAAUGCGAUUAUCGAAUUAGCCAUCUCACCAACUUAACCGAAGUGUUCGAUGGAUUUUGCCGAUUUGCUAACCUAUUUAACCUAUGGUUAAAUACAUACAUUUUUUUGUUUUUUGUUUUUUUUUUUCCUUGCCACUGUUGAAAGACAAAUGCCCGUCGUUUCGUUUCGAUUCGUUUUUUUUUUUAGGCUUAGGUUUGUUUUCGUAGAAACAAUUGUAAAGCCACGAUUUAACCUAAGGUUAAAAUAUGCCCGUACUAAAUGUAGAAGAUAUAAGCUAUUAGUUUGUGUAAUUUAAUUGAAAAGUAGAAAUAUCGAAGGAAAUAACAAAACUAAAUAUGCCAGUAGUACAUACAAUUAAAUUUAUGGGAAAGCAGUGCUUAAUCCUCGGAGUAAACCUUGAUCAUGGUUUAUAUAAUAUAAAUAACCAAGAAAAAAAAAACAGAACCUUAAACUAAGAUCCAUUUUUUGUCUAGCCUUUAAGUCGUGAUAUUUGUUUAUACUCAAACGAUUAAUAUAUACAGCAUUGUAAUCGC